UACUUGAUGUCAGCGGCUCUGCUGUGUCCUCUGCCAGUCCAGAGUGAGAUGAGCAAAAUCCUGUUCCUCUUGCUGCUGGGGGCUUUUGUUCUUGUGUUGAUUCAAGCCCAAGAAAUAAUAUGCAUGACCUGCAACGUGUUUGUGAAUGGCAAAUGUAUAGAAGGUGGGGGUAAAUGCACCAUGGAGGAAGGCGGUGCAUGCAGAACCAGGCAUAUCUAUCGUAUAAAUGCAAGAGGUGGGUUUUUCUACAACCACACUGUACUGGAAUGUUCUAAAUCAUGUAAGGCUUCGAGAGAGACUUAUUUUCAUCUGAAAAUUUCAACGUUUUGUUGCAAAAGUCAAAAUUUCUGUAAUAAAUAUAGAGGAAUGUGAACUCAUAUGCUAAUUGAUUGCCCGUUCCUUCCCCUGCUUCAGUUUCCCUUGUACGCCUGCUGGAUCCCCCUGCGUACAUGCUCUGCUGAAGUUGGAGCAACUCUUUGCUGUUGUUGUUGUUUUGUUUUGUUUUCAUUAAUCAUUUUAUUCAUUUACAUUUCAAGUGAUAGCCCCCUCCCCAGAGGGAGCAACUCUUACAACCUCUAAGCAUCCUUUUUUUUCCUCUGUCUUGGAUGCUGACUCCUUCCUACCCUACCCAACAUCAGACACCAAACAUUCUCCAUUCAUCCUCAUUUCCUUCCCCUUCUUUGUUCAUAUGUGAAAAUCACCACCAAUCUUGCUUGUCUUGCAUUUAUCUCUUCCUCGCAACCACUAAGUUACUCUGGCUGAUGAGCUACUUGGCUUCUAGUUUUUUUUUUUUCAAUUAGCCAGAUUUUACUAACAUCUU